GUCGCGCAAUUAAAGCGGGUCAGAGGAUGCCACAUGCAAUAUGCUGCAUUCCUGUUUGGUGAAGCCCGAGAAAAAAGCCAUCAAGUUGUCGCCGGUUGUUGAUUAUGCGCGCGGGGAGCGAGUCCUGGUCCGAGUGGGAACAGAAGCUGAAGGAAGCUGAUGAUGAUGAUGGUGAUGAUGCUGCGCCUCCCCAAAUCCCUGAGCUGAAUCCCAGUGAGACCGUGGCACUUCCCUGCGUGCAUGAGUGUGAGGGUGUGAGUGUGUGUGUGAGUGAGAGCAAGUGAGCGUCAGCGCUCCCACAUGGCCUCCAUGCAGGACGGGCUAAACUUCACGGCUCCUCCCUACGGCAAGGUCCUGCUGCUGGGUGCUAUCGCUGCUGCCUCAGCCUUCGUUGUUACGAUCCUUAUUGUGGUGCUCUGUGUGGGCUGCCAGAGGAAGGGAAAGACACACAAUGUCUCCGGUGAAGGUGGAAAACAUCGUCUCAUGGACAUGGGAAUACUCAGGCAGUCGAAGCUGCGGUCCAUCAGUAAAUCAGACACAGAGAUGAACAAGAUGAACUGCAAUGGCAAAAAGGCGUCUAAAACGAAACGUCCAGCCAGCAUGGACCCUCUGCUGCUGCCCUGCCACCGGUCUAACUCUGACCUUCGUUCUCAAGGCAGGCAGCUUCCCCAGAUCCCUUCAGGGACUGGAGAGGAUGGAGAGCACACUUACUCUGAGGUGGGCAGAAGCUCUUCAGCCACACGUACUGACGAUGCCCUCUACGCCAUGGUAGGCAGGGCUGGUCAGACGGACACUCCUGCCCCUCCGGCUGUCCCGGCGAACACGCCGGCGCCCCCGGACCCAGACGGAGAUGUGGAAGGGGGGCUGCCUGAACCCGAGGCCCAGGUCAUGACUCCGCCUCAUCCUCCGGAGACGGCCGAGUACGCCUGUGUCAGGAAGUUGAGGAAGGUGGACAAGGCGCCUCAAAAGAGGGACAGCGGGACCGACAUGGGGGAGCCACCUGCGCCGCCUCCACGACACGCCCCGCCGACACACCCCGCCCCUCCUCCGCCACACCCUCAUAGCACAAAGUUGCCGCGAAGAAACAUGGAUGCCUUUAAUGUCCCAUCAUUCCCAAAGGAAGUGAUGUUUAUGGGCAACGGAGAGCAGUAUAUCUGGAAGCCUCCAGAGGAUGAGGACAUGCUCAUGCUGCAAAAUAAAGCCCUGGGCCCAGUGGGUGCUCACACGGUGGAGAAUAUACAACCGUCUGCUGCUGCGGUGGCUGAGAUGUACUCAAAGGUGUGUAAACCAGGGAAGAAGAAAAGAGCUGUACCUGGGUCUCCUCCAGCCAAUCUUGGCUUCCGGACCUUGGGGCGCGGUGACCGGGACGGGGGGUUUAGCGUAGUGGUCAAACCGCAGACGUGGGCUCCUCAGGAGGGGAAAGCAGUCGCGGGGCCCCUUGACGACCACUGCUACGAGUCCAUUGGGACAGAGGAAUGUGACCCAGCCUAUGAGAACGUGGAGAGUGGCGGCGGCUGGAAGCGGGAGAGGCCCCCCAACACGUGUGCCACACUGCGGCCGAGGAGGAAGAAGGCCCAGCAGCCCUUGCAGCAGCAGCAGCCUCCUCCGCCACCACCAACGCAGCAGACCCCCAAGUUACAGCACCUGCCUGCCAAAGCCCUGCUGCUGCCGGGGGAGAACCUGUACGAGAGCAUCGGCGACCUGAAGCACGGCUCCACCACAUCCAGCACCACCACCAUUUUCACUUUCAACGACGGCAUGGAGAUGUACGUAACAGGGCUCUGAGGUGGUGGCUGCACUGUGAUCCCCCCCCCCCACCAACUGUCCUUCCAACACAAGGAGCUGAGCGAACACCACCACAAGGAGUGACGGCUGAGCCCUUGUCAUGCUCACCUACACAUACUGUUUACAUUCAAGUUAUAACGUCACACCUUUCACAGGCUCCAGAGGCCUCGGGGCAGUAAUGUUGACCUGUUAUGACCUGGGCUGAAUACAAAGUCCAGUCUAUAAACCUUAUAAGGAAUCCAAAGGUAGUGAAGAAUAAAUGAGCACAAGACCAUUGCAGAGCAAUCUAAUGGUAACAGUAGCACUUCUGUUUUACCGACACAUGAUGUGCAAAGCACAAUAAAGUAAAAAUGCCUAAAUUCUUCCUCAAUUCUAGCGGGUAAACAUAGUCAUUUAUAUUAUUAUAUGGUCCGAGAGCAGGACUCUUAUUUGGGGAAAAGGCACAGCAUUGUGAGAAAUCAUUAUUGUUGGCACUUAUCAUGAGCAGGGCUUUCUCUGUCGUUGGUCAAGAUGUUAUCCAGAGCCGAAUUUAAAUGAUAUAAGGGAACGAAUUACUAAUCAAAAAAAUACUUGAAAGCUCAGGGACCAAGAGAAACAAUUAUGAGAGUAUUAUAAUUAAAAUUGCACACAUUUUUGCAUUCCUCCAAAAGGCUUUGACUAAUUUUGACCAUUUUCAUGUAAAAAAGAAAAACAACAACAGAUUCUUCCCUCAUGUUUUUGUCUCAUAAGACAGACUGAACACUGUCUCCACUGCCGUCUGUAAAUGAUGUGUUUUUCCUUUGUCGAUCCUGUUUCUGCACUUUGCCUGCUACAAAUUGCAUGCUUAAAAAAAAAAAAAAAUGAAGAUAGAGAAAAAAAAAGAAACAAAAAAAUCAAAAUCAUGUCAUGUAGUACCUCUGUAUGAACGUUUUUUUUAUGUUUUUUUUUCUAUUGUUGUUUGCUGUUUUUUUUUUUUUCUUUCAGUGUGUUUAUUUCUCUGAAGAGCACAAAGCCAGUGAGAUGACGGAUGUCCUGGGCUCGGUGGGACGCAGUGGGACUCUGUGGAGCAGAGAGGAGUGUUCAUUUUGUCUCCUCUUGUGUCUGCAACACACUCGCACACACACACACACACACACACGGUGUGGAUGAAACAAGACUAAAGAGAACUGCUCGGGUUGUAAUUGUGGAGACAGUCCAUUCAACACACCCCCCUCCCUCCCCCCCUCUGCUCAGUCCUCACUCAUAUCUGUGGACCGCUCCAUCCUCGUAGUCUCUGCCUUGUGGUCACACGAGUCUGCUCGUGGUUUUUAACCGUCGUGCAGAGCUGGAGAAACUACAAUAGAACUGACGUGUAUAAGUCCAUCAAUGAACACUCUCUCCUCCUCUCUCUGUUAUCAGUGUUUAAAAAAUAAAAAAUAAAUAAAAGAAGAAAAUGUGAAGAAAAACAUUUACUGAGCAUAAAAGCAUCACCAUGAGGAUAAUAAACACAAAGAAUCACAGCCCAGUCCUGGAGAAGUCAAUGACAAACAAGUUCAUUCGACCAAAUAUCCCCAGGAAACAAUGUGAUUAUUAUUACUGUAUGUUGAUGCAACGUGUAUGUACAUUACAAAAGAGAAAGAAUAAUAAAUAUAUCAUCAGUGUCAAGAAAUCUAUCUUUUUCUAUUAUGUUUAACUGUGUUUUGGAAUGACCUAUCUUGUGACACAAACUGCAAACCAGCUGCAAUGUAAAUUUCAGUGUAUUCCGUUUGUUGUUUUUGAAGCCAUGACGCUACAGUGUUUUGUUUUUUUCUUAAAUUAUUAUUAUUAUAUUUUUUUUUUUCUGGAAAACCCCAGCUAAGUUAAAUGUGGCAGCUAAUGUUGUGUGUUUGCUAUUCAGACUACAGGGUCUUGUACUCAAAAAGCGUGUAAUUAAGUGCUAAGUGCAAAAGAUUGUAAUGUUUUAUAUCAAGAAUACUAUUCAUGAAAUGUCAGUCAAGUUUAUACUUUUGUAAUAAAGUGGCACUUUAAAAAAAAAAAAAGCGGUUUAUCUCAUA